CAUAUAAAUGCUCUUCUCCAUCUUCUCCGUUCCCCUCAUUGCCUCUUCUGGUGCUCCCGUGUGCUAGUGAUCCACCAGACCCAAUCCCCUCCAUCCCCUGGACUCACAAGCCCAGCGUUAGCUUCACGUUAGCCAGCCCCAAAAGCCCCUACCACCCCGAUCACCAUGGAGGCCAUCAAGAAGAAAAUGCUUAUGCUGAAGCUGGACAAGGAGAAUGCACUUGACCAGGCUGAGCAGGCGGAGACAGACAAGAAGGCAGCGGAGGACAGAAGCAAACAGCAUGAAGAUGAGCUGAUUCAGAUGCAGAAGAAGCUGAAGGGCACUGAGGAUGAGCUGGACAAGUACUCCGAGGCCCUGAAGGACGCCCAGGAGAAGCUGGAGGUGGCGGACAAGAAGGCCGCUGACGCGGAGGCGGAGGUGGCCUCCCUGAACCGCCGCAUCCAGCUGGUGGAGGAGGAGCUGGACCGGGCCCAGGAGAGGCUGGCCACUGCCCUGCAGAAGCUGGAGGAGGCGGAGAAGGCCGCCGACGAGAGCGAGAGGGCGAUGAAGGUGAUUGAAAACAGGGCCCAGAAAGAUGAGGAGAAGAUGGAGCUGCAGGAGAUUCAGCUGAAGGAAGCCAAGCACAUCGCUGAAGAGGCAGAUCGGAAAUACGAAGAGGUGGCUCGUAAGCUGGUCAUCGUUGAGGGAGAGCUGGAGCGGACGGAGGAGAGGGCGGAGCUGGCUGAGGCCCAAGCUAGGGCGCUGGAGCAUGAGCAAAGGGGCUUUGACCAAUCAUUGGAGACCCUCCAUGCCUCUGAGGACCAGUACUCUCAAAAAGAGGACAAAUAUGAGGAAGAGAUCAAAAUCCUGACGGACAAGCUGAAAGAGGCUGAAACCCGUGCAGAGUUUGCAGAAAGGUCCGUCGCAAAGCUGGAGAAGACAAUCGACGAUCUAGAAGACGAGCUUUAUGCACAGAAACUCAAGUACAAGGCUAUCAGUGAGGAGCUGGAUCACGCCCUGAAUGACAUGACCUCUAUAUAAAAUGUCUUGGAUUCGGCUGUACUUUCAAGUUCUGGUUGCAAGACUCUUCUCCAAAGCCUUCUCUGCUGGGUCUCAUCACCUUCUUCGGCUACUGACUUCCUCUGUUUCCUUUUCUCUUUUCAUGGUCUUUCUUUUUCUUUUCAAUUUGUAUACUUUAAUGUACAAUCUCCAACAUGCCUCCUACCUAUGAUGCUCUUUCUGAACCCUGAUUAUUUCUUCCUCUGCUCUACUUCUGUGUUUUAAUCUCAUUGUUCAACGUUCUAAACUUUUUUUUGAAUUCUCUAUAAAUACUGAAUCCA